AUGCUUUCUGGGCGUUUGUUUAUUGAACAUUCGGAUAGUCAGAAAAAACAAGAAAACGACCUGGUUACUUCAUGUCUAUCACUUCCAAACACUCAAUAUUCAAUUGAUUUUUCAAAUGUACGUUUGAAUAAUAUAAGACUUAAGAAAGAGUUGUCUGCAUGCUAUGUUGCUGUAUUUAUUAAUUUCUACAUGUGUACAUGUCAAUGUAAUAUGUGGACUACAAAGCUAUUUACUUGGAAAAGAACUAUUGUUUGGUAUUAUCUACAUGAAACUAGUGUUGACUUGCUUCGAAAUUAUAUUGAUUUAUCACCUAAUAUCGUAUUCUCAUUUGCAUUAAAGCUUCUGUAUAACUAUAUUUCGUAA